UAGAAUUGUGGACUUUGUUUUCCAGAGUGUAAACUGUUUGAGCAACUGAUAACAACAUAGCCCAGAAAUAGUACAUUCAAUUAUUAAAAUGCUUAGCAAAACAUUUUAUUGUACUUUUUCACCUUGAGCAGGCUAAUUUCCCCACAUUGGGCAAUAGACCUUGGCCUACAACCCAGAUUUCUCUAGAGGCAGCCACUGAGGGACACUAGGAGAGAGUGUCAAUGACAACACUGUGGUGAGUUUAAUUAGUUGUUACUCUGUUUGUAUUCAUGUCCUCUCCUUUAAAGCCUUCAUGUGCAACCGUCACUCAGACUCUGUCUCACUCUUUCUCCAUCUGUCUUAUGUGCCACAAUGCUAUGCCACUGCAGUGAAGGGUUUGGUCUUUUUGUGAUAAGAAUGUCAUUUUGUUUCGACAGCCACAUUUAAUUAUUAGAACAGUUGGUAGUACAUCAACAAGUGUGUGUGUUUGCUUAGAAUAGUGAUGGCUAAUAACAGCUCAUUGGUUGGUAGUGAGAUUUUUCUGUUGCAGUUUAGGGACACAGUCAUUAUUGUGCAGGUCCUGGUGAUAAUAUUUCUUUGCAUUAAUUUUUUGCUCAUCAUAACUUUUUUCAGAAAGGAGUGCUUCUACACAACUACACGUUACAUCCUAUUUGCUGUUACUCUUCUGUCUGAUAGCCUGAUGUUAGUCAUCUCUGAUUUCUUGGUCAUAGUGAACUAUUUGGAAUUUACUAUGCAAGUUUGGAUAUGUAUCAUUAUCUCUGGUUUGGGAAUUGUGUAUAAUAUAGUCACACCAGUUACUCUGACAGCAAUGACCCUGGAGCGAUAUGUGGCCAUCUGCAUGCCGCUACGUCAUGCAGAGCUGUGCUCCACACGCAGCACUAUGCAUUGCAUCCUCAUCAUUCACGGCUUCAGCUCUGUGCCCUGCAUUGUUGUUCUCUCCACCUUCUUUGCAUCAGCCUCUCUUAGCUUUUACAAACAACACAGGUUAUGCACUGGGGAGUUGUUUAUGUUGCACAGAUGGCAGGAUCAUGUUAGGUCAGCUGUACAAGAGUUUUACUUUUUAAUUAUGUGUGGAAUUAUUGUAUUCGCUUAUCUUAAAAUAAUGAAAGCGGCCAAAGCUGCAUCAGGAGAGGAUAAAAAGUCGUCAAGGAAAGGGCUCAGAACAGUAAUUCUUCAUGGUUUCCAGCUGCUGCUCUGUCUUCUCCAGCUGUGGUGUCCAUUCAUAGAAGCAGCUGUAUUUCAAAUAGAUUUCAUGUUAUUUAUUAAUAUCAGGGUCUCUAACUACAUAUUGCUUAGUCUUACUCCUAGAUGUCUGAGUCCUCUCAUUUAUGGCCUCAGGGAUGAACUAUUUUUUCAAGCACUGAAAAACGUCUUUGGCUUGUAUAAAAGAAAUAUUUGACAAUGUAAAUUAUUAGAUUGCUGUAGAUUACUGAACAUGUCUGCACUUUAGUUUUCAUGAGUAUUUUAAGAAUGUUUUAUUUUUAACUAGUUUAUUACCCCUGACUGUGACUACAAUGUUACUCAAGCAAUAAUUCAACACUGCUUUUUUUUUUCUUCUUGCAUUAUUCAUCAUCAUCAUCAGUAUCUGUUUUCUGUCAUCCAUGUUUGAGCCUAGGGACUAUGUACAGUAAACUGCUGCUAUGCCGUAUUGUGUUGUGUUGUUAUUAUAUAUGUUUUUAUACCAUAUAUAGUUUUAUGAGUGUUUCACAUACGUCACAAACAAUGACUG